UGACGGAUAGUGUCACCCGGCGUUCUUUGCUUAGAGGGUUACUAAGCCGCAUCUGUCUUGCUUCCCGAUUUGUCUUUCUGAACACAUUUGCCGUCUAAAAUUCUCUAUUUCUCUGAACUGGGAGCAGCAACUACUCUGUGAAAUGGCUUCAACAGGCGCUCAUAUUGACUCGAUGAUAACUGGAGUCAACAGAACUGUAGCUGUGGUGUUUGAUUUUGAGAAAAAAUGGCUUAGUGAAACUGAGCCAUCUUUCAUGAAUUGGAUGCUCAAGAACUGGACAAUGUGUUUCAUCUAUUCGCUUGUCUACAUAGCUAUUGUGCAUUGUGGCCGCAUGUAUAUGGAGAACCGUCCCCGAUAUGAGCUAAGGCCUGCUCUCACUAUGUGGAGCGCGAUUCUCGGGGCAUUUUCCUUGAUGGGCGCCAUAAGAACCUGGCCAGAACUGAUCUAUAGUAUCUAUGAACACGGAGUCCAACAUUCCGUCUGUUCGCCCAGCUAUUUCUACGACCCUGUCACCGCCUUCUGGUCAUUCAUGUUUACGGUAUCCAAGGUAUACGAAUUAGGGGACACCAUGUUCAUCGUCUUGAGGAAGCAACAACUAAUCUUUCUGCACUGGUACCACCACGUUACUGUCCUCAUCUAUGUCUGGUAUAGCUACACGGAACGCACUGCCCCGGGAAGAUGGUUCAUGGUGAUGAACUAUACAGUCCACGCCUUUAUGUACACAUAUUACGCCCUCCGUGCCAUGAGGGUUAGAAUACCAAAGUGGGUCAACAUUUUCAUCACUGCCAUGCAACUAUCACAGAUGAUCAUUGGAUGUACCCUAAAUGUCUGGAUCUACCAAAUCAAGGAACGCGGCGAAACAUGUCAUCAGAGUAAUGAAAAUUUGCAAUAUUCGUUUGUGAUGUAUAUGAGUUACUUCGGACUUUUUGCCCAUUUCUUCUAUACGACCUAUAUGGUAAAGAAGGAGCCAACUGACUCCAAAAUCAAGUCAUCAUGAUCACUUGGGACAUGAAAAAGUUUUCACCUUCAUUACUUGAGUAUCGAAAUAGAAACUAUAGUAUGGACAGUUCCCUUCAUCUUCUGUGUUCAUGGAAGAGUCUCAGUUUGACUUUUGGUGAAAAAACUCUAUUACAUGCAUAGGUUUAUAUAUCCUCAGCUAGACAUAAUUCUUGUCAAUACGCCUCUGAUAACUUAGAAUCUACAGCACAGUCAGCAGUUUGUGUGCAUGCGCAUUAAUAAAUACAAUGUACCUGAGGUAUAAAGUUAUUGCGUAACCGGAUACAAAAUCAGAAAAUUUAGUGUAAACUUCUGUCGUCUGUUGAGCGCAGCACUGUAGAUUCAAAGUCCUCAAAAGAGUUGUGAAUUACAUAUAUAUCAUGCCUGUACCAUUUCAUCUACUAGUCCUAAAUUUUGACACCUGUUGUUACUAGUAUUCAUGCAGUUUCUGUUGAUAAGAUGCAAAAACCUCAGUGGUCAAGAUGUGCAUGUAGCAUCCUCUUAAAGGAAACCUAUAGCGAAAUGCUUAUAAAAAUGGGGAGGUUCCCCGAUGCUUUUUCUUGAACACUGUUCAAAAUUACCAGAGGUUUACGAUAAGAUUAAUCUGGAGUUAAGAAAUCCCAUAUCAUAUACAACAUGAUCAAACAUUGGACACAACAGAUUGCCUGUCGGACAAAUGUGAUAUGGGAUGUACCAAAAUGAAUAUAGAAAAUCGAUUAUCCAUUUGUCCGUUCAUGUCAGUAUGUGGUUUCUGGGAUAAAGUAUGCACCCUAUUCCGUGAAACUUCUUUGGGGAGGGUUUUAUUUUAUUUUAAGUCAGUGGACUUUGACUGAACAAAUAUGGAGGACUGUCGUGAUUUCAAUGUGCUACCGGUAUAUUUAUCGAUUUGUAAAAUUUUUUAUUAGCAAUGGAUGGGAUUUGACCUUGACACCGUCAGAGGUAUUGAUUUAGCCUGAACACUGGUAUUGGAUGCGAGCUUUUCCACUGCAUUACGACUACGAGCGAUCGAUAGCUAAGUCUGCCUUUACUACAUUUAAACUUGUGAUGAUUCAUGUAGCAACUUACAUGUACCAAUUGUUUAGUUUUAUGUCACUUGAACAGACCCAAAAUGAGUGUUAACUGUGUCUAACACCAAACUAAAAUGUUGCGGCUUCAUCCUGGUCCCAUGCAUCACUGCCUAAGCAACAACCGGAUGGGCAGUAGCUUCAAUUCCUCUCAAAAUCUAUGUGAGGUACUCCCAGUCCCAAGUUAUAGAAGACAGGGUCUGUCUCAAGAUAUGGAAUUCAAAGUGAAACUGUAUGCGUGUUAAUAUUCUACAGUUGAUGUGCUAUAUUUACUUAUAAAGGGUUCAGCUGCCAAUGGGUUAAUGCAGCCAAUGUCUGUAUUUGUUGGCUUGAAUACAUGUAACUAUAGUUUUCUCCUAGGAAUUCUAUAAUUCAUGAAGUCAGCCAGGAUCUGAGACUCGGUAAUGCUUGGCGAAAUUAUGCAUCCCGAUUGCUAUUGUAAAUUCUGUCUGUGAUUCUCCUGCAUAUUCAAGUGGGCUACAGUAGUUUUGAUUAUUGUUCAUUCUGGUACACCGGUACUGUAGCUUUCUUGGUGUUUGUAGCCAAAUCAAUAGUUCAUAUCAGCCCAAGAUGUAUAAUUCACUUGUGUACAUGUCUUGCUGAUAAUACAUUUUCUGACUCGCAAGCGAAACAGUUUCGAAACAUGGCCAUCGGCAAAUCAACAGAACUGCGAGGGAGUGUCAUGUAUCAUAUGGUAUAGAACUCCAGCUGCAUUGUAGCCAGUGGGUUUGAUUAAGAAAACAGAUAUGCCAGGGGAUUUGGGAUUGCCCUGUGUCAUUCUGAAUUGCAUAUGUAACCUUUAGGCUGGGUGACAGAUCCAAUUGUCAAACCCAGGAGAAUAUUCACUCCUUUACUCUCCUCUAUCAAUAUUUAUGUUGAUUGUGUAUUACUGUCUAAUAAUUCAUCAGAUAUGGUCAGGUCAGGAUUUAUGGAGUGUCCUGCAAACAAGAUGUUUUAUUGCAGAUUGAUAAUCACUAAUAUGAGUGACAAAGAAAUGAGCCUGUCUGCAAUUAAACCCCUACAGUCAUCAUUGCCUUUGAUAUUUUGGCCGCAAAAAUCAAUCGCAGUCAUGUGUGAUAAUUAUUACAGAUUGCCGCAACAGAAAUCUUGUUCACUGGAUGCUUUAGUACUGGACUUGAAAAAUCUUUCAUGAUUGAUCGAUUUCUCAAGUCUCAAAAUUUAAUGGCAUUUAGGGUUUGAACUUGCUAUGCCUGGUGUUAUCACUUUAAUUGUGUGUGUUUUCUGUCCGUGUAGUAAAGUUUAGAUAUUUUGAUCUUUCUUGAUUUCAGUGUUAUUUUGAUAAACUUUAUUAUUCUGUGAUACCUCAUGAGACAUAUCGAUUCCCAUUCCAAUCUAGACAUUGCAUGCCAGUCUUGCUGCUGCUAUACAAACGAUAAACCCUUUUUCACGCACAUAAGAUUUCCAGUACAUGUUUAAAAGGCCUACGCUGUUUGUUAAAAAUUUUGAAUUUGUAAUUGAAUUUAAAAAUGUCCAAUUGCGAAAAUACAUGCUAAAUAAAAAAGUCAACAUUGCCGUUGUGUAGACUGAUAUACAAAUACUAUGAAUACCAAGUUUAAACAAAUUUGUAUUCAUAAUAACUGCACCACGGCAUUGUGUAUUAGUGGAUUUCUAUUUAACACAAGUGAUUACGAACGGCGUACCCCUUUAAAGGGAAUCCAAAUCUAAACAUUUUUAAACAAAAAAUAUCAUUUUCUUUAAAAGAUUUAACACCCGACUCAGUUCAGUCGGUCAAGUCAUCUGUAAUCAACGAACUUUAAAGAUAGAAAAUGAUAGGACCAGUAGAGUGCAUACUGAGUACUAUUGUACUAUAUUAAAUCAUGGUACUUGACUGCUAUAACAUUCCUUUUUCUCAAGCAAAAUCACUAACUUCUCUUCAAAAUUUGUUAGAAAUACAUUUAUGGAUCACAGGUAGUUAAACUUUUUCGAGAUCUCAACUUUGUAAAUAAUAUUUUAAUUUGCUUAAUUGAUAAUGAUUAUUUGGAUCACUUUAUGUGCUGUCUUAAGCGUAUGCUGUCGUACUUGUAGGACACCUACGUCUGAGGUUAGGAUUUGCCAAAUCAUACUCACUGUAAAGUCAAAAUAAUUUAAAGUGUUAUUCCUUUGUGAAUUUUUAUGUUCAUUUAUUUCAUAGUCACAACAAUCAUAAUUAAUAUCCAUCAAUUAUUAGUGCUUUGUUGAUGUUACAGAAUUUGUAGGAUUUUCUUUAUACAUGUUUAUGUAUGGUGGCUAUUUUUCAUUUGGGAAUGGUGAGAGUUGAUGCAUUGGCUCUAUGAACAAGUUAUAAUUACAUAUUCCAAAACACCUUGGUACCAAUUCCUUAAAAUACUCGAGUGUGUAACUUAUACAUAUUGUAAGAACAUGCACUAAAUUACGGUGCACUGCCCGCCCCCACUGAAGGUCAACACUAAGGAAUAUACACCACAAUGAGACAAUUUCCUGCCACCUGACACUGAUAAUCUGGUGAUGGCAUGUUGCAAUAAUUGAGGGUGUGACAGUUGCCAUGGCAACGACAAGAACUUGUCUGAUAUGUAUUUUUUCAUAACAACAAAUUCCACCUGUUUAGUGGUGGUCGUGUUGUGAAAGGAGAUCUCACGAUGUUUAGGUAUCGGGAGGUGACCAUCAGUUACGUCACACCGGGUUUUUAUGUCGGUCCUGGCUGCAAAAGGUUUCUUAUGUCUCCAGUCCACAAAUGACUGGUUAUGUAAUACACUGUGUAUUAUUCAAGCAUUCUCUUCUAGCUACCUGGGGAUGAAAAACUUCGAAGUAUGUGAUGUAACUGAUGGUGACCUGUUCAGGUGACCAGAACAAUAUAAUUAUUAUUGCAAAAAUUAUAUCUAUUCUGAUGUGCUUGUCAUUCAAAUCUGUGUAUGGUCCAAAACGUAUGUAUUAUUUGUGCUGUGUGGAGAAACGGUCAAAACAAGAAUGAGAUCAAAGCUCAAACAUGUUGCAUGACUUUGCAUUCCCUUAGCUUUGGCACAGCACUCCUAGCUGUGAGAUGAUGAAGAUGGAUUUUGUCCUGAAAUGUUAUUGUGUCACUGUAAAACUAUAACAUAUAUCAUAUUGACUAAGAGUGAAGAAAGUAAAAUAAAAGAAACUUUGUUUUUGAUUCUUCUAUUGUUAACAUGAAUGUAAAAACCCUGAAAAUAAAUUGCUCAUACACAUAACAUCAUGUAAUCUUCCCCAAGUUGUCAAUUAGCGUUCGUUUUUGAUUACUUAGACUGUUGACAAUAUUGUUCUAUCAUAAAACUAAAACAUGUGAGAUGUAUUUGUAAACCCUGUUUGCACCACGGAUAAUGUACGAUUUUUUCAGUUCGCUCAAAGACAUGGAUGCCUGUUUCCUUGUGGGGGUAAGAGGACGAGCCCCCUGGGCAUUUCCCCCUUAAAUUUAGCACAGAACGUCUCCCCCAUGAAAACCUCCCCAAGGCCAUAUCCCCCUAGACAACUACCCCUGGACAUCUGAUCUUCGGGGAGAGCUGUGCGAGGGCCAUCCAAGCAUCCAGGAGCAGAUGUCCUAGGGGGAAGAUUCCAGGGGUUGAACAUCCAGGGGGCACAUGUCCUUGAGCAAAUGGGGUUCUAAGGGGGGGAGGAAUGAUGUCCGAGAACCCUUUGUGGGGAACUGAUAGUGAUUAGUGUAAACUGGGAAAGACUUUAUAAGUGAGACUAAUUUACCCAUUCUGUAUAAAUGCAUCCACCAUUAGAAUAUCAAAAUUAGACAGAUCGUGAUAAGAAUAGGAUUCUAACUGAACAAUAAUCUUGAUGUUGAAACACAGGCACAGCCAGUUUACAGUAUACCAUAUUUAACUGGGUAAUGGUUGAUCAUUUUGCUCAUUUCGCAUUUUGCAUAGGCUGAAUUCCAUGUUUGCUGCUUUUAAAUGUAUCAGAGUUGAAAUUUUAGCUAGUUAAUGUUCGUGUUUGCCUCCCAAAUCACGAAAAAAAAUCAAAGAUUUGCAAGAAUCACUUGGUUUGCAGUAUUGUUCUUAAAAGUCAGACAUAUAAAAUACUGGAUGUACAGACGUUUUACAUGUAGAUGUACAGAUGUAAGGUUCACAUCAGUGUCGGUCAUGUGUGUGAUUGUAAUAUACUAGUACCUAGUAACAAAUUUCAAAUGUAUUGCAUAAUAUUUAAAAACCUAGGGCCAAAUUCAUAAAGGGCGUUUAAGGGUUAGACGUGGGUAACUUCUCUCUAAUCAGUUUCAGGGCCUAUUGAUAUUCUGUGAAGAUUUACAUGACGGACCUGAACCUGUCUAUUCAGUAGUUAAACGCUGUUUUGCGCUAAACGCCCUUUAUGAAUUUGGCCCCUAGUGUCUAAAAGUGUAGCCUUAAAUCCACUGCAUGAUUAGCCAUGCGGUCGGACGAUCUUACUGCAUGAUUAUGAUAAACUUUGAUAUACUUCUGUUCUCAUCGAUAAGAUUUGUCCACAACACAAGAUUUGUUGAAUGAGUUUAAAAGUAUGAUAACAAACUUUGUUGGUCAAACUAAACUUAUUUGGGCAAAGUGAACUGGAUUUUCAAUGUUGUUUGGUGGAAAUUGAGGCUUGUGCUUUGAAUGUGAUGCAUGUGAGAUGUUGUGCAUUGUACCAAUGUUAUAAUGUACACAAUUUUGUAUAAAAAAACUCAAUACAUUGCAAUUACAUGUAGUAUGAUCUAAGAGCUUUGUUUCCAGAAGUAUCCCAUAAAAUUUCGGGCAUGUCAUUUUCAUUCCUCCAUUCUUGGACAUGGUCAUGAAUGGCUGAAUAAAACUUUCUCUGUCACCAUAAAUUAGUCAGAUUUAAGCAAGAAUUAGUAUAAAGGCUUUAUUGAUUCUUGAUCUAGGUGUCUGCAAUCUGGAAUGUAUUUGACAAUGAAUCAAUUUUUUGAUAUUAUUUCCUGAGAAUCUGGUAUCAAUCUAUUGCACUACAUUUUAAAGAAAUAUGUCUUACUGUAUAUGUAUCAGAAGAUUUGAAUAUUACUGCUUUUUGAUGAUGUUAUGAAUCACCUCUACACUGUACCAAUAGUUUCAUUUGAUGUACAUUAGAAACUCUCUAUUAAGGACACCCUUGAAACUGACAAAUGCUGUCCGUGAUAGAGAUGUGUCCUGAUUAAAGAGGUCAAAUUUAAUGGAAACAACCAAUUUGGGACCCAAAUUAGUGUCCUUUAUAGAGAGGUGUCCGCAAGGGAAGGUUCCACUCUAGUUAGUGCACCACUGUCCAGAGCUAUAGUACUUGGUUAAACAAUCAAUUGCUGUAUCGAAUUAGGUAAUUGUACAAUUGUGGUAAUGUGUCUCUGUUAGAUGAUGUUUAAUCGCAUUCUCUGAACUAUCAUACUGCUAUUAAAUGGAAUUAUCCUGAACUAAUGUAAGGUGUAGGCAUUUGUUAAUAAAAA